AUGGACCAAGAUCGGCGAGAGCGGGCCUACCGCUUCGUCGCCUUUUCGGCCGUCUCUUUCUCACUUGUUGCUAUUGUCGCUGUCUUCAUUACGUUGCCAAUCGUGAACAACUACAUCAACUCAGUUCACGCCAGAGUUCAGAGCGAAAUGGAGUUUUGCAAGUUGUCGGCGCGAGACGUGAUGAUGGAGGUCGCAGAGUAUCGAGCGCUUCCGAGAUCACUGCUACCUGGUUUCGUUCAUGCAGCUAAUGAGACUCGACAUAAGAGGCAAACUUCGCAGGGCACUUGUCAAGGUUGCUGCUUACCGGGACUACCGGGUCCGGACGGUCCACCAGGCAAAAAUGGAAUGCCAGGACGACCAGGCGCCCCUGGUGCACCAGGUUUUCCUGGAAGACCACCAGCGAUAUGUGAAGAGGUGACGGAACCGCCGUGCAACCCAUGUCCACCAGGAGAGCCAGGACCACCAGGACCACCAGGAGAUGCUGGAAGCCCAGGACAACCAGGCCACCCUGGCCGCAAUGGAAACGACGGACCGCCAGGACCACAAGGACCUCCUGGACCUCCUGGACCACCCGGAGACAAUGGACGAGACGGACCCCGCGGAGAACCAGGUCGACCCGCAUUCAGUACGCCUGCGAUCCCCGGUGACCCUGGUACUCCCGGAGAACCUGGACCACCAGGACUUCCUGGAGAUGCUGGUCAGAGUGGAAGACCAGGUUCGGACGGGCUUCCAGGACCACAAGGACCGCCCGGACCACCCGGGCAGCAAGGACCUCCGGGAGAAGUCGGACCAGCAGGUCAGCCAGGACAACCUGGACCGCAAGGAGAACGAGGUAUUUGCCCGAAAUAUUGCGCUUUGGACGGUGGUGUUUUCUUCGAGGAUGGCACAAGAAGAUAA